UUCUGCAUUUUAUUUCUCGUCUUCACUUGUUCCUUUCCAGUCAAAGGUUUGCGUGUAUCUCUCUCACCUGCUCGAAGGAGAGUCCUCGCCAUUCUCUUCGCUCACGAAAGGUUGCAAUGUAUACCAGAGCAGAGCUAGAUGAUUUGGAGUAUAGAUACUACAGUGAAAUGAAAGAUGGCACUCGGAAGGUCAAAGUUUCAGAGUCUUUGUUCAGAUGUCCCUUCUGCUACAGAGAUCGAAAGCGUGACUACCGGUUUGAGGACUUGCGUCGUCAUGCUUCUUCUGUUAUCAGCGGUUGUUCCCAUACCAAGGAUGCGCGAGAAAAAGCCAGACAUCUCGCACUUGAGAGAUACAUGAGGAAGUACCUCCGGCCUCGGGAUCCUACUGCAACAUCAGAUGUCUCUUCUCGUCCUGAAGAUGAGUUAACCGGGAAUUGGAAAGGUAGUUCUGCAGCAGGGGAACUGAAUGGCGUUGAGAAAUCCAGUUCACCAUGGAUUUCUAUAGCUGAACCAAAGUCUGUCUCAGGAAAUGAUCCUGGACCAAGUGGCAAAGAAAGACCAAUGUUUUCUCCUAAACCCAACUCCUCCUUAAGCUACGAAGACGAAACAUUCCUUCCCAAAAGACCCCGCCUCAUUGCUGCUGCUAAAGAGGGAGAAGAACCUGUCCAACAGAUUGGUCUCAGCCAUGGUGCUAGGUUUGCUCAGAGGCAUGAUUCUUUGGGUGCUGGUAACGGGGAUACGAUGUUUGUGUAUCCCUGGAAAGGGAUCUUGGCGAACACCAGGAGAACCUAUGAUGAAAAACAAAAGAGGUAUGUUGGUGAGAGUGGAAACAAGUUAAAGGAAGAAUUGAUCAGCAAAGGGUUUAAUCCCCUCAAAGUUGACACAGUGUGGAACUACCGAGUUGGUAAUACCGGUUUUGCUAUUGUUUCCUUUGGUAAAGAGUGGGACGGCUUCAGAAAUGCGACCAUGUUUGACAAAUAUUUCGAAGUCAAUCAGUGUGGGAAGAAAGACUAUGAUGCGACUGGGCCUCGUGAUCGAGGUGAUAAACUUUAUGGUUGGAUAGCAAAAGAGGCAGAGUUCCAUUCGAGAAUUUUUGGUGACAACCUUAGGAAGAAAGGGGACUUGAAGAGUGUUUCUGGUAAAGAGGCCGAAGACCAAAGAAAGACAUUGACGCUUGUCUCAAACUUGGAAAACACACUGGAGACCAAAAGCACCAGCCUUCAACAAAUGGAGAGCAAAUACAAUGAAACCAGUACAAAGCUUGAGAAAAUGAUGAGAGAGAAGGAUGAAAUGAUCAACACACAUAACGAAAAAAUGAAUAGUAUGCAGCAAGCGGCGCGUGAAUAUUUGGCCAGUAUUCACGAAGAACAUGAACUGGCCUCCCGGCGUCUGGAAGCUCAAAGGAUAGAAUAUGAAGAGCGAGAGAAAUAUCUUGAUAAGUGUCAAGCAGUGAAUAAGUUAGAGCGAAGAAAGCUUCAAUGGCAAAAACAGAAGAACUUAAUGGCUACUCAAGAGCAAAACAAAGUUGAUGAAGACAUGAUGAGAUUGGCAGAGCAGCAACAGAGGGAGAAAGAUGAAUUACGUAAGAAAGUCCGUGAACUGGAGAAAAAAGUCGAUGAUGAGCAGGCAUUGGAGCUGGAAAUAGAGCGUAUGAGGGGUGACCUGCAGGUCAUGGGACGCAUGCAAGAAGGGGAAGAUCCUGAGACGAAGGAAAAGUUAGAAAAAGAGAUAGAAAAGACAAAGGAAAAACUGAAGGAGAAAGAAGAGGAGGCAGAUUUCCAAGAGUCAGUUCAAGCUCUUGUUGUAAGACAUGGCUACACUAACGAUGAGCUUCAGGAUGCGCGCAAGGCUUUGAUCAAAUCAAUGCAAGGGUUGGCAGUUCGUGGUCCGAUCGGUGUGAAGGGAAUGGGAGAAUUGGAUAUUAAACCAUUCCAAAAAAUAGCUAAAGAGAAAUAUCCACCUGAAGAAGCUGUUGAAAAAGCUGACAAGCUUUGGUCCUCGUGGGACGACCUCUUGAGAGACUCGGCUUGGCAUCCGAUUAAGGUCAUCGUAAAAGACGGAAAAACCCCCAAGGAGGUACUAAAUGAAGAAGAUGAGAAGCUGCAAGAACUGAGGAAAGAGAUGGGGGAAGAAGUGUUUGAAGCCGUUACACAAGCGCUUCUAGAAAGGAACGAGUAUAAUGGAAGUGGAAGGUACAUAGUGCCCGAGCUUUGGAAUUUUAAAGAAGGAAGAAAAGCGACUCUCAAGGAAGGAGUGGUUUAUCUGCUCAACUUGUGGAAACAGAAGAAACCCAAGCCUAAGCGUAGAUAACAAAAUAACGGAAGAAUCUCAUUUCUAAAACUAAAACUUAAUCGUCUCGAGUAGUUGAUAUUAAUUGAGACUUGGUGAGAUUUUAUGAUUAUGACCACUAACAGUAGAGUUAUUAAGGUGAGAUCUUGGACACAGAUAUCAAUUUAUGUACUUGGUUUAU